UUUCUGUGGUGCCUACUAUCUGCAGCAUGGACUGAGACAGGAGAGAGUGAGUUAUGGGCCCCACGAGUUAUGGGCCCCCCGAGUUAUGGGCCCCCCGAGUUCUACCUGCCUGGCUGUAAGAUGCUGUGAGAUGUUUAGACUAAACAGGGCAGGGAGACUAGAAGGGUGUUGGUGUUGGUCUGUUUAGCCCCAUAUAGGGUUGGUGUUAGCCCAUAUAGGUAGAUAUAUUUGGUGUUGGUCGUUGACCCCAAUAGGUAGAUAUAUUUGGUGUUGGUCUGUUUAGCCCCAUAUAGAUAGAUAUAUGGGUAGUAAGUAGGUAGAAACAAUGUGUACCUCUGUGACUCCCACAACACCCUAUAUAAGAAAACACAGACCCAUACAAUAUAGACUAUAGCUACACACCCCAUUAAACACACCAAUCCCUGUGAACCCAGCUCCACACCCCAUUAAACACACCAAUCCCUGUGAACCCAGCUCCACACCCCAUUAAACACACCAAUCCCUGUGAACCUAGCUCCCACACCCAUUUAAACCACACCAAUCCCUGUGAACCCAGCUCCACACCCCAUUAAACACACCAAUCCCUGUGAACCCAGCUCCACACCCCAUUAAAAACACAUCCUGGAACCUAGCUCCAACCCAUUAACCACACCAAUCCCUGUGAACCUAGCUCCACCCCCCAUUAAACACACCAAUCCCUGUGAACCCAGCUCCACCCCCCAUUAAACACACCAAUCCCUGUGAACCCAGCUCCACCCCCCAUUAAACACACCAAUCCCUGUGAACCAGUGGACUUUCAAGUAAAAGUAAGGAGGUGUUAUUCCCCUACAUUCUAUUCCCCCUACAUUCUAGUCCCCCUACAUUCUAUUCCCCUACAUUCUAUUCCCCUACAUUCUAUUCCCCUACAUUCUAGUCCCCUACAUUCUAGUCCCCUACAUUCUAGUCCCCUACAUUAUAUUCCCCCUACAUUCUAGUCCCCCUACAUUCUAGUCCCCUACAUUCUAUUCCCCUACAUUCUAGUCCCCUAUAUUAUAUUCCCCUACAUUCUAUUCCCCUACAUUCUAGUCCCCUACAUUCUAUUCCCCUACAUUCUAUUCCCCUACAUUCUAGUCCCCUACAUUCUAUUCCCCCUACAUUCUAGUCCCCCUACAUUCUAGUCCCCUACAUUCUAGUCCCCUACAUUCUAUUACCCCUACAGUUCUAGUCCCCUACAUUCUAGUCCCCUACAUUCUUAUCCCCACAUUAUAUUCCCCUACAUUCUAUUCCCCUACAUUGCUAUUCCCCUACAUUCUAUUCCCCUCAUUCUAUUCCCCUACAUUCAUUGCCUCUGUAGCCCCUACAUCAUCCCCUACAUCUAUCUACCCCCAUUAACCCCAAUCUGUCCCUAACCAUUAGCUCCACACCCCAUUUACACCCACAUCCUUUCCCCACAUCCUAGUCCCUACUUCUAGUCACCCCAUUAUACACACCAAUCCCUGUAACACCAGUCUACACAUUCCCCUACAUUAAACCCCACAAUCCCUAACAGCUCCACACUCCCCCAUUCUACCCCACAUUCUAUCCCUUAACAGUACUUCAUUCCAGAAAGAUUCUAUCCCCUACAUUCAAAUCCCCUACAUUCUAGUCCCCUACAUUCUUCCCCUACAUUCUAGUCCCCCUACAUUCUAUUCCCCCCUUUUCCCUACAAGUCUAUUUUCCCCUACAUUCUCUUCCCCUACAUUCUCUUCCCCUACAAUCAUUCCCCUACAUUCUAUUCCCCUACAUUCUAUUCCCCUACAUUCUAUUCCCCUACAUUCUAUUCCCCUACAUCUAUUCCCCUACAUUCUCGUCCCCUACAUUCUAUUCCCCUACAUUCAUUCCCCUACAUUCUAUUCCCCCUACAUUCUAUUCCCCCUACAUUCUCUCCCCCUAUAUUCUAUUCCCCCUACAUUCUAGUUCCCCUACAUUCUAUUCCCCUACAUUCUAGUCCCCCUACAUUCUAGUCCCCUACAUUCUAUUCCCCUACAUUCUAUUCCCCCUACAUUCUAUUCCCCUACAUUCUAUUCCCCUACAUUCUAUUCCCCUACAUUGUAUUAUCCUACAUUAUAUUCCCCUAUAUUCUAGUCCCCCUACAUUCUAGUCCCCCUACAUUCUAUUCCCCUACAUUCUAUUCCCCUACAUUCUAGUCCCCCUACAUUCUAGUCCCCCUACAUUCUAGUCCCCCUACAUUCUAUUCCCCCUACAUUCUAUUCCCCCUACAUUCUAGUUCCCCUACAUUCUAGUUCCCCUACAUUCUAGUUCCCCUACAUUCUAGUCCCCCUACAUUCUAUUCCCCCUACAUUCUAGUUCCCCUACAUUCUAGUCCCCUACAUUCUAUUCCCCUAAUUCUAUCCCCCUACAUUCUAGUUCCCCUACAUUCUAGUCCCCUAAUUCUAUUUCCCCUACAUUCUAUUCCCCCUACAUUCUAUUCCCCCUACAUUCUGUCCCCUACAUUCUAGUUCCCCUACAUUCUAGUUCCCCCUAAUUCUAUUUCCCCCUACAUUCUAUCCCCCUAAUUCUAUCCCCCUACAUUCUAGUUCCCCUACAUUCUAGUCCCCCUAAUUCUAGUCCCCCUUUAAUUCUAGUCCCCUAAUUCUAGUUCCCCUAAUUCUAGUCCCCCUAUAUUCUAGUCCCCCUACAUUCUAGUUCCCCUACAUUCUAGUUCCCCUACAUUCUAGUCCCCCUACAUUCUAGUCCCCCUACAUAUAGUCCCCUUACAUUCUAUUCCCCUACAUUGUGCUGUGGAGAAGAUAAUUUCUCCCAAGAAAAGACAAAUGACUUUAGCCUAUCUGGAUUCUAAACUAGAUUAUCUUGGACUCAGAAAAACAGCCAAAUGAAUGCAGGUAAUUGACAUACAAAUGAUGCUGCUUAAAUAGUUUGUCAGCUGAAUGUAUGGGUGUUGAUAGUGAUGUUGUUUAGCCUUCAUGCAGGGGCAGGGACAAGGACAGGAGAAUGUAUUGGUGAUCAUAGUGUUGUAGGCUUGGGCGGUAUCCAGAUUGUCAUACCUUCAUACCAACUUUGUGCCAUACCGGGAUAUUCGGUAAUACCGGCACUGAACACAAGGGGUGCUGUAUUUAAAUGUUUUUAAUGUUUUUAAACCCCGCUGAUACUCUGUAAUCCGAAGGUUAGCAAUGCUGACAAGUACAUGUAAAAUCCCAUAGAGAAUGCUAACUAAAUGCUAACGAGUGCAUUGCGAACAUUUUAUACAGUUUCUGACCUAAAGUAUACAAUUAUACAAGUAACUCAAAAAUGUUACUCCCAGUUUGCUGCACGCACAAAACAAAUAUUAGCAAGCAAGGCUCUUGAUCCAGGAGAGGAUUCUCUGCUGUUACCAAGCGAAUGCUUGAUUUUGGAAGAAGCGAACCACUUAGCUAGAUAGCUAACUAGCCACUAAAUUAGCAAACCAAAUGCACAACUGCCGAGCAUUUAGCACAUUUUAGACAGUUAACUUAAUAGUUAUAAGAUAUCUAGCUGGCAAACAUUUAGUUGUGAAUUCCAUCCUGUGAUUAGAUCACCUGUGCAUGCUGCUCAACAGUGGAGUGACUCACAAGGCUCCGGUCUCAUCGUUGAGUGCUUGUAAAUAAACACCAUGUGACUGGGGACUAAAUCAAAUCAAGCUUUAUUUAUACAGCACAUUUCAGACAUGGAAUGCAACACAAUGUGCUUUACAGAAGAAGAAAAAAACUAAUAAAAAACAAUAAAUAAAAGCUGAAAUAUUUACUACACUACAAACAAAUAAUUACUCAAACUGAACAACCAAAAAGCCUCCUGAGGAAAAGCAAAGCUAAAAAUAUGUUUUAAGAUCUCUUUAAAAAUGUCAGCCCCCCUCAGGUUCUCUGGCAGACUAUUCCAGAGGCUGGGGGCAUAGUAACUAAAGGCUGCCUCUCCAUGCCUCUUGGUCCUGGGCUUUGGGGUAGUUAAAAGGCCAGUGCCAGAGGACCUGAGGCACCUACUGGGUACAUAACUUAAAAGCAUGUCUGACAUGUAUUGAGGUGCACAAUCGUGGAUUGAAUGGAAGAAUCUUAAAAUUAAUUCUAAAACUCACAGGCAGCCAGUGCAGAGACCUUAAAACCGGUGUAAUGUGUGCUCUCUGUCUGGACUUGGUCAGUACCCGUGCUGCAGCAUUCUGGGUGUUUUUGCAGACCAGACAGGAGAGCAUUACAGUAGCCUGCUUGUAAUCAAAGCAUGGAUGAGUCUCUCUGUAUCAGCCUGAGGGAGUCUCUCUGUAUCAGCCUGAGAGAGUCUCUCUGUAUCAGCCUGAGGGAGUCUCUCUGUAUCAGCCUGAGAGAGUCUCUCUGUAUCAGCCUGAGGGAGUCUCUCUGUAUCAGCCUGAGGGAGUCUCUCUGUAUCAGCCUGAGGGAGUCUCUCUGUAUCAGCCUGAGAGAGAAACGGCUGCACCUUGGCAAUGUUCCUCAGGUGGUAAAAAGCUGUUUUGGUCACAUUCCUGAUGUGUGAUUCGAAAUGGAGUUCAGAAUCUAAAAUAACACCUGGGUUUUUACCUGGUGUUUUAUCUCUAUUGCCUGUGAAUUAAAAUGUGCGUCCAGAUUCUCUCUCUGUGCUUUGGCUCCAACAAUAAGUACCUCGGUCUUGUCUUGAUUUAGCUGGAGGAAGUUGUGAGCCAUCCAAGUAUUUAAAUCACUAAUACGGUCUAAUAAUUUAUCCGUGAAGCUAAAAUCCUACGGUGACACACAAAUUAAAGUUGUGUAUCGUCUGCGUAGCAGUGAAAAUCAAUGCCGUGCUUUCUGAUAACGCUGCCAAGAGGUAACAUAUAUAAACUGUACCGUACCGGACCCAAAAUCGAACCUUGUGGAACACCACAUGGGAUAUGUAUUUUCUCUGAGUUAUGUUCACCAAGGGUGACAAAAACUCUCGACCGGUUAAAAAGGUCCUAAACCAAUUUAGAACUGGACCGGAGAGGCCAACCACCUCUCCAGUCUGUCCAGAAGGACAUCAUGGUCAACAGAGGCCAACCCACCUCUCCAGUCUGUCCAGAAGGACAUCAUGGUCAACAGAGGUCAACCCACCUCUCCAGUCUGUCCAGAAGGACAUCAUGGUCAACAGAGGACAACCCACCUCUCCAGAAGGACAUCAUGGUCAACAGAGGCCAACCACCUCUCCAGUCUGUCCAGAAGGACAUCAUGGUCAACAGAGGCCAACCCACCUCUCCAGUCUGUCCAGAAGGACAUCAUGGUCAACAGAGGCCAACCACCUCUCCAGUCUGUCCAGAAGGACAUCAUGGUCAACAGAGGCCAACCACCUCUCCAGUCUGUCCAGAAGGACAUCAUGGUCAACAGAGGCCAACCACCUCUCCAGUCUGUCCAGAAGGACAUCAUGGUCAACAGAGGCCAACCACCUCUCCAGUCUGUCCAGAAGGACAUCAUGGUCAACAGAGGCCAACCACCUCUCCAGUCUGUCCAGAAGGACAUCAUGGUCAACAGAGGUCAACCACCUCUCCAGUCUGUCCAGAAGGACAUCAUGGUCAACAGUGUCGAAUGCAGCAUUUAAAUCUAAGAGUACAAGGACAGAGAGCUGUUUGGCAUCUGUGUUUGGCUUUAAGAACAUUUAACACUUUAAAGCUGUGUCUGUGCUGUGGUGGGCACGAAAACCAGAUUGGAUUAUUUUUUUUAAAAAUACAGUUUAAACUUAAAAAAUCAUUUAGCUGUUUGAAUACCAAUUUCUCCAGAAGUUUGCUUAAGAAUGGAAGGUUGGAGAUUGGCCGAAAAUGGCUAAAAGCUGAAGGGGUUUCACUAUAGAUGACUUUUCUCCAGAAGGGGUUUCACUAUAGAUGACUUUUCUCCAGAAGGGGUUUCACUAUAGAUGACUUUUCUUCAGAAGGGGUUUCACUAUAGAUGACUUUUCUCCAGAAGGGGUUUCACCAUAGAGGACUUUUCUCCAGAAGGGGUUUCACCAUAGAUGACUUUUCUCCAGAAGGGGUUUCACUAUAGAUGACUUUUCUCCAGAAGGGGUUUCACCAUAGAUGACUUUUCUCCAGAAGGGGUUUCACCAUAGAUGACUUUUCUCCAGAAGGGGUUUCACCAUAGAUGACUUUUCUCCAGAAGGGGUUUCACUAUAGAUGACUUUUCUUCAGAAGGGGUUUCACUAUAGAUGACUUUUCUUCAGAAGGGGUUUCACCAUAGAUGACUUUUCUCCAGAAGGGGUUUCACCAUAGAUGACUUUUCUCCAGAAGGGGUUUCACUAUAGAUUACUUUUCUUCAGAAGGGGUUUCACCAUAGCAGUGUUUAGUGCAGUGGGGAAAGUGCCUGUAAACAGGGAGUGAUUAACAAUAGCUUGCACUUCUUCAGAUACGCAAUUAAAAACUGCUUCGAAGAAGGUGGUGGGGAUAGGAUCAAGAGAAGGCAGGUAGAAGGCUUAAGUUGUGAUAUCACUUUCCUGAGCGUGUCUGUGUCAACCAGGGAAAAUAAAUCCAUAGUUCCUUUGCGUGGUAGGCUAGGGCACAUAUCAUCACACUUCUCAUCAGGCCUUGCUUGACUCAUACCCAGCCUAAUGUUGGUUAUCUUAUCUCUGAAAUAUGCCGCAAACUCAUCAUAUUUACAGUGGGGGGAAAAAGUAUUUAGUCAGCCACCAAUUGUGCAAGUUCUCCCACUUAAAAAGAUGAGAGAGGCCUGUAAUUUUCAUCAUAGGUACACGUCAACUAUGACAGACAAAAUGAGAAAAAAAAUCCAGAAAAUCACAUUGUAGGAUUUUUUUUACAUUUAUUUGCAAAUUAUGGUGGAAAAUAAGUAUUUGGUCAAUAACAAAAGUUUCUCAAUACUUUGUUAUAUACCCUUUGUUGGCAAUGACACAGGUCAAACGUUUUCUGUAAGUCUUCACAAGGUUUUCACACACUGUUGCUGGUAUUUUGGCCCAUUCCUCCAUGCAGAUCUCCUCUAGAGCAGUGAUGUUUUGGGGCUGUCGUUGGGCAACACAGACUUUCAACUCCCUCCAAAGAUUUUCUAUGGGGUUGAGAUCUGGAGACUGGCUAGGCCACUCCAGGACCUUGAAAUGCUUCUUACGAAGCCACUCCUUCGUUGCCCGGGCGGUGUGUUUGGGAUCAUUGUCAUGCUGAAAGACCCAGCCACGUUUCAUCUUCAAUGCCCUUGCUGAUGGAAGGAGGUUUUCACUCAAAAUCUCACGAUACAUGGCCCCAUUCAUUCUUUCCUUUACACGGAUCAGUCGUCCUUGUCCCUUUGCAGAAAAACAGCCCCAAAGCAUGAUGUUUCCACCCCCAUGCUUCACAGUAGGUAUGGUGUUCUUUGGAUGCAACUCAGCAUUCUUUGUCCUCCAAACACGGUGAGUUGAGUUUUUUAACCAAAAAGUUAUAUUUUGGUUUCAUCUGACCAUAUGACAUUCUCCCAAUCCUCUUCUGGAUCAUCCAAAUGCACUCUAGCAAACUUCAGACGGGCCUGGACAUGUAGUGGCUUAAGCAGGGGGACACGUCUGGCACUGCAGGAUUUGAGUCCCUGGCGGCGUAGUGUGUUACUGAUGGUAGGCUUUGUUACUUUGGUCCCAGCUCUCUGCAGGUCAUUCACUAGGUCCCCCCGUGUGGUUCUGGGAUUUUUGCUCACCGUUCUUGUGAUCAUUUUGACCCCACGGGGUGAGAUCUUGCGUGGAGCCCCAGAUCGAGGGAGAUUAUCAGUGGUCUUGUAUGUCUUCCAUUUCCUAAUACUUGCUCCCACAGUUGAUUUCUUCAAACCAAGCUGCUUACCUAUUGCAGAUUCAGUCUUCCCAGCCUGGUGCAGGUCUACAAUUUUGUUUCUGGUGUCCUUUGACAGCUCUUUAGUCUUGGCCAUAGUGGAGUUUGGAGUGUGACUGUUUGAGGUUGUGGACAGGUGUCUUUUAUACUGAUAACAAGUUCAAACAGGUGCCAUUAAUACAGGUAACGAGUGGAGGACAGAGGAGCCUCUUAAAGAAGAAGUUACAGGUCUGUGAGAGCCAGAAAUCUUGCUUGUUUGUAGGUGACCAAAUACUUAUUUUCCACCAUAAUUUGCAAAUAAAUUCAUAAAAAAUCCUACAAUGUGAUUUUCUGGAGAAAAAAAUUCUCAAUUUGUCUGUCAUAGUUGACGUGUACCUAUGAUGAAAAUUACAGGCCUCUCUCAUCUUUUUAAGUGGGAGAACUUGCACAAUUGGUGGCUGACUAAAUACUUUUUUUCCCCACUGUAGAUGUCGAGGAAAGUUCACAUAUGUUUGCGGGGGUAGGAUUUAUCAGGCCAUCCAAUAGUCGAGAAGAGCACUCUCAAAUUAUUCUGAUUUAAUAGUGAUGAAGUUAGAAAAAUUAGCCCGUCUGGCAUUUCUAAAUGUCUUGUGAUACAGUACCAGUCAAAUAUUUGGACAAACCUACUCAUUCCAGGGUUUUUCUUUAUUUUUACUAUUUUCUACAUUGUAGAUUAAUAGCGAAGACAUCAAAACUAUGAAAUAACACAUACAGUGAGGGAAAAAAGUAUUUGAUCCCCUGCUGAUUUUGUACGUUUGCCCACUGACAAAGACAUGAUCAGUCUAUAAUUCUAAUGGUAGGUUUAUUUGAACAGUGAGAGACAGAAUAACAACAAAAAAUCCAGAAAAAAGCAUGUCAAAAAUGUUAUAAAUUGAUUAGCAUUUUAAUGAGGGAAAUAAGUAUUUGACCCCUUUGCAAAACAUGACUUAGUACUUGGUGGCAAAACCCUUGUUGGCAAUCACAGAGGUCAGACCCUUCUUGUAGUUGGCCAAAAGGUUUGCACACAUCUCAGGAGGGAUUUUGUCCCACUCCUCUUUGCAGAUCUUCUCCAAGUCAUUAAGGUUUCGAGGCUGACGUUUGGCAACUCGAACCUUCAGCUCCCUCCACAGAUUUUCUAUGGGAUUAAGGUCUGGAGACUGGCUAGGCCACUCCAGGACCUUAAUUCUAUUUAUUUAUUUAUUUAUUUAACCUUUAUUUAACCAGGAAGGUUAAUGUGCUUCUUCUUGAGCCACUCCUUUGUUGCCUUGGCCGUGUGUUUUGGGUCAUUGUCAUGCUGGAAUACCCAUCCACAACCCAUUUUCAAUGCCCUGGCUGAGGGAAGGAGGUUCUCACCCAAGAUUUGACGGUACAUGGCCCCGUCCAUCGUCCCUUUGAUGCGGUGAAGUUGUCCUGUCCCCUUAGCAGAAAAACACCCCCAAAGCAUAAUGUUUCCACCUCCAUGUUUGACGGUGGGGAUGGUGUUCUUGGGGUCAUAGGCAGCAUUCCUCCUCCUCCAAACACGGCGAGUUGAGUUGAUGCCAAAGAGCUCGAUUUUGGUCUCAUCUGACCACAACACUUUCACCCAGUUCUCCUCUGAAUCAUUCAGAUGUUCAUUGGCAAACUUCAGACAGCCCUGUAUAUGUGCUUUCUUGAGCAGGGGGACCUUGCGGGCGCUGCAGGAUUUCAGUCCUUCACGGCGUAGUGUGUUACCAAUUGUUUACUUGCUGACUAUGGUCCCGGCUGCCUUGAGAUCAUUGACAAUAUCCUCCCAUGUAGUUCUGGGCUGAUUCCUCACCGUUCUCAUGAUCAUUGCAACUCCAUUGCAACUCCACGAGGUGAGAUCUUGCAUGGAGCCCCAGGCCGAGGGAGACUGACAGUUAUUUUGUGUUUCUUCCAUUUGCGAAUAAUCGCACCAACUGUUGUCACCUUCUCACCAAGCUGCUUGGCGAUGGUCUUAUAAUAAUAAUAAUAAUAAUAAUAUAAUAUGCCAUUUAGCAGACGCUUUUAUCCAAAGCGACUUACAGUCGUGCGUGCAUACAUUUUUGUGUAUGGGUGGUCCCGGGGAUCGAACCCACUACCUUGGCGUUACAAGCGCCGUGCUCUACCAGGUCUUGUAGCCCAUUCCUACUAAAGGACACCAAUAAGAAGAAGAGACCUGCUUGGGCCAAGAAACACGAGCAAUGGACAUUAGACCGGUGGAAAUUUGUCCUUUUGGUCUGGAGUCCAAAUUUGAGAUUUUUGGUUCCAACCACUGUUUCUUUGUGUGGGUGAACGGAUGAUCUUCGCAUGUGUAUUUCCCACCGUAAAGCAUGGAGGGGAAGGUAUUAUGGUGUGGGGGUGCUUUUUGCUGGUGACACUGUCUGUGAUUUAUUUAUAAUUCAAGGCACACUUAACCAGCAUGGCUACCACAGCAUUCCUGUCGUUGCAAUGUUUCUUCAGGUACUCGUUCAGGGCAAAGAGUCGGCUGAAACCUUCCGAACCACUUCGGUAGCACGGGAGGGGGCCAGAGAUAAUUAUUAUCUUCCCUGUGCUAGCGAGGGUGUUUUAAAAAAAUGUUGUAGUCCUCCCUCAGUUCCUCAGAUCGGUGAAAACAAAGGUUUUUAAAACCUACGUGAGUGACGAUGGUGUCAAUAUUGGAGUAGUUGGCCAGAACCGUGGGCAGGAGGAAGUUGGUCGGUCCACAGAUCGUAGGCAGGCAAAAAUCUCUCACCAUCUUACUGCCCACGAUGAAAACCUCUCACCAUCGAGCUGCCCACGAUGAAAACCUCUCACCAUCGAGCUGCCCACGAUGAAAACCUCUCACCAUCGAGCUGCCCACGAUGAUGGAAUCCGAUGGGGAAGUGAGCUGCUGAACUGCUGUGGGGGAGGGAGCCACUGGUUUACAGCCAGGAUCCGUGCUGACUCAUGGGGCUGGUAGGUCCGUCUCAAGCGGGGAAAAGCUGUUUGACAGCUGGAUAUGAUCUUCUCGGAUAGAUGAAGGGUGGCCAGACUGCCUCCCCGAUCUCCUACGCCGCGGAGUUGAUCUUAACAUCUGUCCGUUGUAUUGGGACAGAUCAACGUCGCCCGACUCAUCGACAGCUUUGCUAUAGUAGUCAUUUAACACUGAGAUUGGGUUUGCCUGGGUUACAGCAAGGUCGGUGUACUUAGAAAGCAGGUUAUCCUUUUCUCACAGCCGAGCUAACAGCCGAAGGAUCUCUUCCCUGAGCUGCUUGACGGUGGUGCAUUUAGGGCAGACAAAGCCCUGUCCAUUUUCCAGUUCCACCUUAUCUUCUUCAUGUGAUUGUGUGGAAUCAUCUCACACCUGAACCGUUUGUGCCCAGCCGAGGAUAAAAACGCUGGUGGGCUAGCACUGCUAGUGUUAGCCUGCUCCGUUUUCAUGAUGGCUAGCAGCUAACUGGCUAGACACAAACGUGCAGUGCCAGCCGUAAAGGCUGAACGCGUCACGUAAUCCGUAGCAAUACUAACUUUAGCUAUGAUUUAAAACAAUUGAAUUAAAACGUUUUUCAUAAAACCAACAAACCGAGUAUAGACAGUACACUGUUCUGUUGCUUGCUUUGACUACCGUAAGCUUCAUAAUAAUCUGACAGGUGAAAUGAAGAACACAAUGUUCUUUUAUCUCCUAACGUAUUGCAGGUAUUUACUUAAAAAGUAGCUACAAAUAUUCAAAUGUGUUUAAAAAAGUUCAAAUAAAUAGUUUCAACGGUAUUGACAGUAUUGAAAAACCAUCCCGUGGCUAUUUCCAAAUACCCCUAUAUACGGUAUAUACACGGCAUACCGCCCAAGCCUAGUGUGUUGAUAGUGUGUGUAUUUGUGAUGCGUCUCCCCAGGCCCAGAUAGCGUUCCUCCAGGGCGAGAGGAACGGCCAGGAGAACCUGAAGAAGGAUCUGGUGAGGAGGAUUAAGAUGCUGGAGUACGCCCUCAGACAGGACAGGUACGUUACAGCACCUGACAUCACACAGCAUGUGUACUGUGCAUCAUCACAUGACCCUAUGACCUUUCACAUUCAUUCACCACACUGAUAUUGACAGAGGGCCUGACAGCCAAAGACGUCUCUACAUCACAUCUUCAAAUGACCAUGGAACUUAACACAGCAGAAAAUCUACAAUGACAGAUGACAGGGUGACAAAGAGAGAUGACAGGGUGACGAAGAGAGAUGACAGGGUGACGAAGAGAGAUGUGUGGAAGGAUGGAUCUGUUCUAUAUGGUGUCUGAUUUAAUGAUGGCUGACCUUUCCUAGAACGGUUUCUGUCAGUCUUACCUUGGAAGAUCGCUCCACUGUGAGGACCAGUCUCUACACCUGUCCUGUCCUUCCACUAAGAGGACCAGAGUCAAAUCAAAUUCAAUUUUAUUUGUCACAUGUAAACAACAGGUGUAGACUAACAGUGAAAUGCCAACUGACGGGUCCAUCCCAACAAUGCAGAGAGAAAAAAAAAAUUAUCGCAGAAAAAAUAAGACGAGGAAUAACUCCACAAUGAGUAACGAUAACUUGGCUAUAUACAUGGGGUACCAGUACUGAGUCCAUGUACAGGGGUACCAGGUCAUUGAGGUAGUUAUGUACAUAUAGGUAGGGAUAAAGUUACUAGGCAACAGGAUCGAUAAUAAACAGUAACAGCAGCGUAUGUGAUGAGUCAAAAGAGAUUAGUGCAAAAAGGGUCAAUGCAGAUAUUCCGGGUAGCUAUUGGUUAACUAUUUAACUAAAUAUUCUAGCUUGAGGGUAGAAGCUCUUCAGGGUCUUGUUGGUUCCAGACUUGGUGCAUCGGUACCGCUUGCCAUGCGGUAGCAGAGAGAACAGUAUAUGACUUGGGUGGCUGGAGUCUUUCACCGCCUGGUAUAGAGGUCCUGGAUGGCAGGGAGCUCGGUCCCGGUGAUGUACAGGGCCGUACGCACUACCCUCUGUAGCGCCUUGUGGUCGGAUGCCAAACGGUUGCCAUACCAGGCGGUGAUGCAACCAAUCAGGAUGCUCUCGAUGGUGCAGCUGUUGGACUUUUUGAGGAUCUGAGGGCCCAUGCUGAAUCUUUUUUAGCCUCCUGAGGGGAAAGAGGCGUUGUUGUGCCUUCUUCACAACGUGUUGUGUGUGGACCAUGAUAGAUCCUUAGUGAUGUGGACACCGAGGAACUUAAAGCUCUUGACCUGUUCCACAACAGCCCCGUCGAUGUGGAUGGGGGCAUACUCGGCCCUCCAUUUCCUGUAGUCCUCGAUCAGCUCCUUUGUCUUGUUGAGGAAGAGGUUGUUAUCCUGGCACCACACCUCCUCCCUGUAGGCUGUCUUAUCAUCGUCGGUGAUCAGGCCUUCCACCGUCAUGUCUGCAAACUUAAUGAUGGUGUUGGAGUCGUUCUUGGCCACGCAGUCGUGGGUGAACAGGGAGUACAGGAGGGGACUGAGCACGCACCCCUGAGGGGCCCCGUGUUGAGGAUCAGCGCGGCAGAUGUGUUGUUACCUACCCUUACCACCUGGGGGGGCGGCCCGUCAGGAAGUCCAGGAUCCAGUUGCACAGGGAGGUAUUUAACCCAUCAGAGUCUAAGCCCUGUCUAAACCGGGGGGAGGGGGGGGGGGGUUCUACUAAGCUAUAUGGAAUUGUUUUAAGAAGGUCAUAACAAGGAUCAUUUAGCUAUUUGAUGUUGAAUUUUAAGACCCCUUGAAGUAUCAAAUAUAUAAAAAAAAUGAUUUGAUAAAUAAAUUCAUUGAAUAACAGAUUCACUACAUGGAACAACAAAUAUAUCAAAAGGAAGUUUGUUCUGAUGUCUAUCCUACUGUAUAUCUGAGAGAUCUAAGAAAAAUCAGGAAACAUAUAUAUUCUUUUUUGACAUGUAUUUAACCCCAUAUUUUUGGCAUUAAACUGUCUCCAUAUACACUUCAAUAAAAAAAUUGAACUGACCUUCAGAUGAGUCUUGUGAGGCCUGUGGUCGUCCUAAAGCAUAUUAGUGUGUAGCCCCAAACUCUUCAGAUGCUACAGACAGAAGUUGGCAGAUGGGCUGUAACGACUUCAGACGAGACUCACGAUUUUGUGGGAAGACUGAUUUUUGGGAUGUCUCAUGGUCCGACAGACACCGCUGUAGCUCGGUCACCUUCCACUGCAGAUGCGGAAGUGUUACAUAGGCAGAUGCGGUGGAUUGAAACGCAUCCAAUGCAACAACAACAACAUAUCUCUAGUUUAAACUGACGGAUUUAGAUGGGGAUUGUUUUAUUAUUCUAAUUAGAUUUUGGGGCGGGACACGGACACUAGGGGGUUAAAUAACCAUCACAUUGCUGUUAAAUUGGGAACAUCCUGCUUUCUGCUAUUCCCAGAUAUGAAAGCAACCAGGGAAACCUACAAGAUCAGAACAUUAUUAACACCAUUAUCUCUGUGUGUCGCUCCUAACCCGUUCCCAGAGAGGCGGAGACAAUAGUGUUACUGAAAUGAACAGACAAAUACAGGAUACAGGCAGCCUGCAGAACAUCAUUAAUGAUGAUGAGGAAUAAAUACAGGCAGCCUGCAGCACAUCAUUAAUGAUGAGGAAUAAAUACAGGCAGCCUGCAGCACAUCAUUAAUGAUGAUGAGGAAUAAAUACAGGCAGCCUGCAGCACAUCAUUAAUGAUGAGGAAUAAAUACAGGCAGCCUGCAGCAGAUCAUUAAUGAUGAGGAAUAAAUACAGGCAGCCUGCAGCAGAUCAUUAAUGAUGAGGAAUAAAUACAGGCAGCCUGCAGCAGAUCAUUAAUGAUGAUGAGGAAUAAAUACAGGCAGCCUGCAGAACACCCCCCCCACCCUUACCCCAGCUUAGACAGGGGCUUAGACUAUUAUAGGUUAACAGGAAUGUGAUGGUUAGUUGACAGGAAUGUGAUGGUUAGUUAACAGGAAUGUGAUGGUUAGUUGGCAGGAAUGUGAUGGUUAGUUGACAGGAAUGUGAUGGUUAGUUUACAGGAAUGUGAUGGUUAUUUAGAGUGCUUCUGAAAGACCAUGGGAGGAGUGCCAGGGAAACAAGAUGACCUUUAGGGUUCUACACACACUGUGUUCCCAAGUUAUGUCCCUGAUUGAAGUGUGGAUAAUGUUUCAGCAUCUUUUAACAGUUUCUGCUUUCUCUCUCUCUCUCUCUCUCUCUCAGUCUCUCUCUCUCUCUCUUUCUUCCAGGGCCAAGUACCACAAGUUAAGAUAUGGAACAGAGUUGAACCAAGGAGACAUGAAACCUCCCAGCUAUGACUCCGGUAGGACUAACGCAGACCCCUCUUUACCUAUGGGAGUACUAGAUCGUAGUGAUUGCAGCAUUCACAUACCUGAAUCCUGUCUUGUGUGUAGGCUUUUACACAUGUUGAGUGUUGUUUUAUCCAAUAGUUUCAUGAUGUCUUUUCCUGAGAACUCUAAUGUAAUAACAACGCUCUGUAUUCACAUUUCCUCUGUUCCGUUUGUGUACCUGUUAAAUCCAGUAUAAUUGGCCUCCAUGUUAGAUUUCCCUCCUGUCUUUAGGGAUGUGUCCUCCUCAUUAUUCCUCAUCUUAGCCUGCUCUGUUGAUUGAAGGCACCAGCUCUCUGGAAGUGUUGAUGAACCGGAGAGGUGUUGGGUUGCGUGUUGCAUCCAGUGCCACACCUGCCCGCUGUUCAUAUGCCUAAAUUAGACAUCUCUCUCUCCUCUCCUUUCUCUCCUUAAUUACCCAGUUUAAAGACUCUCUUCUCCUCCUCUCCUCUGUCAAAUUACCCAGUUUAAAGACUUCUCCUCCUCCUCUCCUCUGUCAAAUUACCCAGUUUAAAGACUCUUCUCCUCCUCUCCUCUGUCAAAUUACCCAGUUUAAAGACUCUUCUCCUCCUCUCCUCUGUCAAAUUACCCAGUUUAAAGACUCUUCUCCUCCUCUCCUCUGUCAAAUUACCCAGUUUAAAGACUCUUCUCCUCCUCUCCUCUGUCAAAUUACCCAGUUUAAAGACUCUUCUCCUCCUCUCCUCUGUCAAAUUACCCAGUUUAAAGACUCUCUUCUCCUCCUCUCCUCUGUCAAAUUACCCAGUUUAAAGACUCUCUUCUCCUCCUCUCCUCUGUCAAAUUACUCAGUUUAAAGACUUCUCCUCCUCCUCUCCUCUGUCAAAUUACCCAGUUUAAAGACUCUUCUCCUCCUCUCCUCUGUCAAAUUACCCAGUUUAAAGACUCUUCUCCUCCUCUCCUCUGUCAAAUUACCCAGUUUAAAGACUCUUCUCCUCCUCUCCUCUGUCAAAUUACCCAGUUUAAAGACUCUUCUCCUCCUCCUCUCCUCUGUCAAAUUACCCAGUUUAAAGACUCUUCUCCUCCUCUCCUCUGUCAAAUUACCCAGUUUAAAGACUCUUCUCCUCCUCUCCUCUGUCAAAUUACCCAGUUUAAAGACUCUUCUCCUCCUCCUCUCCUCUGUCAAAUUACCCAGUUUAAAGACUCUUCUCCUCCUCUCCUCUGUCAAAUUACCCAGUUUAAAGACUCUCCUCCUCCUCUCCUCUGUCAAAUUACCCAGUUUAAAAUACAGUCUCUCUCUUCUCCUCUCCCCUGCCUCUCCUUCAGCUCAUUCUCACAACCCAGCCCCCUCAUAGACUUCUCAUCUGUAUGCUAGUAUUAAAACGUUUAUUACGGUGACCGCGGUAAUUUGACUGGCCAAUUAGCAUAAUCCAAAAUGACAUGACCAUCACAGCCCUACUUACUGCUGCUAACACCUUGGUUCUGCUGCUGCUGCUAACACCUUGGUUCUGCUGCUGCUGCUAACACCUUGGUUCUGCUGCUGCUAACACCUUGGUUCUGCUGCUAACACCUUGCUGCUGGUAACACCUUGCUGUUGCUAACACCUUGCUGUUGCUAACACCUUGGUUCUGCUGCUGCUGCUAACACCUUGGUUCUGCUGCUAACACCUUGGCUCUGCUGCUGCUGCUAACACCUUGGUUCUGCUGCUAACACCUUGGUUCUGCUGCUAACACCUUGGUUCUGCUGCUAACACCUUGGUUCUGCUGCUAACACCUUGGUUCUGCUGCUAACACCUUGGUUCUGCUGCUAACACCUUGGUUCUGCUGCUAACACCUUGGUUCUGUUGCUAACACCUUGGUUCUGCUCUCUUGAGUCUACUGAUGGGUCUUAAUGAGGGUACUCCUACAUGGAGAAGUCUCUCUGGAUUCUACUUGAUUGUCAAUAAACCAUGACACAGCUGUAACGACCCACGAUAAGGAGCCAUAGAGGAAACACAUCUCUAAGUAGAAUAAGACCAUGUUGUAGAGUGGUGCUGUGGUUAAUGUGGUUAAUGUGGUUAAUGUGGUUAAUGUGGUUUGGUUAUUGUGGUUAAUGUGGUUCAUGUUUCUGUGGUUGUUGCUCAGCAAGUUUCUCUGUAUCUCUGUCCCCAGAUGAGGUGAUUGAGAAUGAGACUCCUGGGUCCUUGAACAACCAGCUGUCCUGGAAACAAGGCCGUCAGCUCCUCAGACAGUGAGUUACUAUACCAUACCCCUAACCCUAACCCUAACCCUGGAAACAAGGCAGUCAGCUCCCCAGACAGUGAGUUACUAUACCAUACCCCUAACCCUAACCCUGGAAACAAGGCAGUCAGCUCCCCAGACAGUGAGUUACUAUACCAUACCCCUAACCCUAACCCUGGAAACAAGGCAGUCAGCUCCCCAGACAGUGAGUUACUAUACCCAUACCCCUAACCCUAACCCUGGAAACAAGGCAGUCAGCUCCCCAGACAGUGAGUUACUAUACCAUACCCCCUAACCCUAACCCUGGAAACAAGGCAGUCAGCUCCCCAGACAGUGAGUUACUAUACAUACCCCUAACCCUAACCCAUAACCCUGGAAACAAGGCAGUCAGCUCCCCAGACAGUGAGUUAUAUA